GUCGCCAAUAAAGCAGCAGCAGCAUAGCAUUAGUAAGUUAGUAUACAUAGUGGAUUCUCUCCUUAUCAUUAGAUCCUGGGUUAUUUGGCUAAAUUCGCAAUGAAUACACCUGGGAUUGAGUCUGUCUCGGUAGCCGCGCCGGAGCUACAAUGAAGGCUGGAGCUUCGUCAGUGUGGGCUUCAUGCUGUGGUCUGCUGAAUGAAGUCAUGGGUACCGGGGCCGUCCGAGGCCAGCAGCCAGGGUUUGGUGCCGGUGCCGGGCCCUUCAGGUUCGCCCCUAGUGCAGGAUAUUCCACGUACCCGCCCAACAACUCAAGAACCCCCAGCCUUGUUUGCAAAUGUUGUGGACAGGUCUUCUCAGUCUUCAGGAGGAAGUACAUUUGCUGUGACUGCAAGAAGAGCUUCUGCUCUCUGUGCUCCGUGGUUCAAGAGAACCUACGCAUUUGUGCCACCUGCCACUUGCUGAAGGCCACAGCCUUCCAUCGACCACGGCUCAUGCGUCUACGGGUGAGGGAGCUGCGUCAAUAUUUGAUGCUGCGCAACAUCUCCACUGACACCUGCAGGGAAAAGGGGGACCUGGUUGAUUUGGUCCUUUGUCAUCGGGGCAUGGAGGAGGAGGAGGAGGAUGAAGAGGAGCAGGAUGAAGAGGAGGAGGAUGACGAGGAAGAGGUGGAGGACCCUAACACAGCCAGCCUCCUCUCACAUACCCAUCGCACACCAACCCCUUCCAGCACAGAUCCUGCCUCUGAGCUGUCUGCUGCCUCUCAGGAGGAAUCCCACAGCUGGAGCGAAAGCCCUGACGUCAGCCAGGAUUCAGAUGACAUCACACCAGUGUCUCUCCUUAACUUGGACUCCAGUGAACAAACUCCUCAGAUGAGUCCACAGACACAGCAUGGAGCCAGAGCAUCCCUCUCUGACAUCUCUAGUGUGAGGGACAUUAAGGGCCUGUCCGUCAGGCAGCUGAAGGAGAUCCUGGCGAGGAAUUUUGUCAACUAUUCCGGCUGCUGUGAAAAGUGGGAGCUUGUGGAGCGUGUCAGCAGACUGUACAGAGAGAAGGAGAAGAACACAAAAUCAUCUUUUGGUGGAGGCAGUGUGAUGGUGUGGGGUGACAUCUCCAUUACCAUUGGAGAAAAUGUCAAGAGAUCCUGCAGCCAGUUGCAAUCUCAUACCACCACUCUUUGGGACCAAACUGCGACCUCCGAAGAUGUCAAUGUUCGCCAUCUGCAGCCUGGGCCUGAUCUACCUCCAAAAUCUGGAAUUUGGAAGUAUGGCUUGCCCGCAGUCCUGAUCUCAACCUCACUGAGCACUUGUUGAAUCAGCCUGGGCACGAACCACAUUGGCUGACUUGCAGUAAAUGCUGGUUGAAGAAUAGGAUCCCACAACAGUGUGUGAACAAGCAGAUGACCAAUAUGAGGAAGAGGUGCCAGGCUGUUGUUGCUGCGUACGGUUCUCUCACAUACCACUGAUGCCCCUGUUUGUUAAAUGAAUAAAUUGUUUAAUUUAAUUUAAUCUGUCUUGUUUCUUCAAACUUCAAUGACCCAAUCGAAUAAAUUACACCAACCAAGAGUCAAUAGCAGAAUAAGCUGUUUGGCAGAGAGGAUCUGGAAAGUUCUUUGUGGGCCCCACAAAAGUAUUAGACUCUACUGCUGAACCCACAGAUGUAUUUUUCUUUCAUAUGUGGCUCAGUUUAAGAGGAAAUAAACAGGCAUUCCAACAGUCUGAGAGGUAGUACUAAGAACCAUUGUUACAACAUAAAAAAAACUAUCGAACAAACACAAUUUAAAAAAAAAUCUUUUUUAAUGCAGUUAAAAUGAAGUUCAGUGGGCGCGGCGGGGGUAAAGUGGGCGACCCGUGAUGCGGGGGCCUUAGUCCUCGACGCAGACCGUCAUGGGUUUCUGGUUGCAUUGUAGCAAAAUGUGUAAAACUCCAAGGGGAAUAAGUACUUUUGUAGGGCACUGAAGUGCAGUUCUCAGGAUGAGAUGUUAUCUUUAGGUUUUGGGGUACUUCAUUGCCUAAUGUGUUUUAUUUGUUGGCAGCAUGUUUUUUUUUUUUCUCCU